UACACUAAGAGAAGGAAAACAGCAGGAAGUUGAAGGGUAAAAACAUGGCAGCGAGCAUCAGUUGUAUAAAACAAGCCGGUUCGUGCGUGAAACCUGCGCUGUUCUUCACUGUCCAGCGGAAGACAUCCCCGGUCAGUGCGUGUCCUCGGCGGGCGGCAGAAAUUCGGAGCGUGAGAGCCGCGGCCAGCGCCUCCACGGACGUUCGGCACAAUGAGAGGUUCUGUUUGGAGCUGGUCAGAUCCAGAGACUACGAAGGCUUUGUGUGCUCGCUCCUACUUCCGGAGGCGGCGCGACGCUCCGCCUUAGCUUUGAGAGCCUUCAACGUGGAGCUAGCACAGGUGAAGGACUCAGUCUCCCAGAAAUCUCUGGGUCUGAUGCGAAUGCAGUUCUGGAAGACAGCCAUCGAGGACAUCUACAGAGACCAACCGCCUAAUCAGCCAGUUAGCGUUGAGCUUUGGAGGGCGGUGAAAAAACAUAAUCUGACGAAGAGAUGGUUGACAAGGAUCAUUGCAGAAAGAGAAAAGGAUCUUGAUGACCGAGGUUACCGGAACCUGCAAGAGUUGGAGUCUUACGCCGAGAAUGCACAAUCUCCGCUCUUCUACCUCCUCCUCGAGUCCUUAGGAGUGAAGGACGUCCACGCAGAUCACGCGGCGAGUCACGUGGGCAAGGCGCACGGCAUCGUCACGUGUCUGAGGGCGACGCCGCAUCUCAGCGCCCGGCGACGAGUUUACUUGCCCUUGGACAUCUGCAUGCUGCACGGCGCCUCUCAAGAAGACUUCAUCCGCCGCAGCCAGGAGCAGCACGUCCGGGACGUGGUGUACGACAUCGCCAGCCAGGCUCACAUUCACCUGCAGCACGCGAGAUCGUUCAGCCCCAGCGUCCCAGCAGCUGCGACGCCGGCCUUCCUUCACACGGUGGUUCUGGAGGACUUCCUGCAGCGAGUGAGGAAGGCAGACUUUGACAUUUUCCACCCGAGCCUGCAGAAAAGAAACCCUCUACUCGCUAUUCAGCUUUACUUGCGUUCCUGGAAGAGGACUUACUGAAAGCUCGCCACAGACACUACUACAGGAGGAUCACUGACAGGAAGUAGAACUAAAAUAAAUAAGCAUUUACAGUGGAUAUAAAAUGUCCACAGACCCAUGUUUAAAUACUAGAUUUUUGUGUCAUUAAAAUGAGACUGAGAUAAUUAUUUCGAUGUGUUUUUUCAAUGUGUUUCAAUUUGGAUUCAUUACAAAAAUAAUUAUCUUAUUGAAGACAAAAGACAGCAGAGGAU